UCGGACCAACGAGAAACGCUCAAAUACUUCGUCACUGGCUGGGCGGAGGGCAGAUGCGUCAUUCCAUUCAAAUCCRGCAUACUACCGUCAUACCUAUUAAAUUUAUCAAGUGUUAACCAAAUAAUGCGUCGAAUAAUCGUGUGCCACUCGUGCUCACACGCUUUGUAAAUUGUAAACAAGCUACUGAAUGAUAACAUUGAUAAUAACAAUUUUUCUUUUACGCACUGUGCCCAGUGCCCAUAGUAUUCAGUGUGACUGUGUUUUUAUAUUUUAUGAUAUAUUUGUUUCUUUUACUUCUGUAGUUAUAUGUACAAUUUAUUUGUAGAAUGGAAGAAAAAUGUAAUGCUGUCGUACCGGUCCAAAAAAAUCCGCGGGGAAAGUUUGUUGGCUGUCAACAGAGACAAAUGAUCAUCAAUUUGUACAUAUCAAAAAUGACCGAACAAGCCACACUGCCAGUUCAACGACAUCUUAAAUACAUAGACCUCAUCAAAUUGAUGUCACAAGAAAUAGGAAUUGGUCAACGGACAAUUUCAACAACUUUAUCCGAAUAUCGUAGAAAAGGUACGAUUACUUCCCCUAAUAGAAAAAAAGUACGACCAAAGUUAACUGACAAAGUUAAUGAAUCAGACAAAAAUGCUAUCCGACGAAAAAUACACGAGUUUUGGCACCGGAGAGAAAUCCCUACUUUUGAAAAAAUAAUGGCAUCAAUCAACAAUGAUCCCAGCUUAACUAAUUUUUCACGCUCGUCUUUUCAAUUAUUAUUAAAAGAUUUAAAUUUCGUUUACACGAAAAUAAAACGAAAUAAUGCUCUAUCCGAAAGAGGUGAUAUAGUCUGCUGGAGACAAAAGUACUUGGAGUCUAUUAGAUAUUAUCGUAACUGUGGUCGUCAAAUUUAUUAUCUAGACGAAUCUUGGAUAAGCGUAGAAGAAACAUCUAAGUCAGUAGAUACCACAAUUCAAUCUGAACAAAAGAAUCCGUCAGUUAAAGGAAAAAAAUUAAUUGUUGUCCAUAUAGGAUCGUCUGAUGGAUUUGUUGAUGGUGGUCUUUUGGCUUUUGAAUCAAAAGACAAUUCCAGUGAUAAUCAUGAYGAAAUGGACGAUGAUACAUUUUACGAGUGGUUUAGUAGUAUUUUAUCGUUAUUGAAAGACAACGCAGUGAUCGUAAUGGAUACUGCGUUGUACCAUUCGGUCAAAAAACAUACGUUUCCCCACAUUUCGUGGAAAAAGGACAAAAUUAUUACAUGGCUGGAGAAUAAUGGAAAAUUAAUUCAUCGACCUAUGGUUAAACAUCAACUUUUGGAGGAAGCGGAACAAUUUCGAACGGUUUGUGAAAAGUAUGUAAUUGAUGAAUUAGCAAAGGAAAAUAAUAAAAUAGUACUUAGAAUACCUCCAUAUCAUUCGGAGUUAAAUCCUAUCGAGUUAGCCUGGUCUUUUGUGAAACAACACGUCAAAACAAAUAACACAACAUUUACGUUAACGGAUGUACAAAAACUUCUACAUGAAGGCGUGGAACGAGUUACACCUCUGAUGUGGAAGAAUUAUAUAAAUCAUGUCAUAAAAGUAGAAGAUAAAUUCUUUGAACUUGAUUUCAUCAUCGAUGAACUUUUGGAAGCGGAACUCGCGGAACCCAGUGCUUUACAUAUUGUAACCUUAUCCGGUGACGUCUCUGAUUCUGAAUCUGAAUUUGAUGGUUAAUAAAAUAUUUUGUUAACAUUGUAAAUAUUAUAUUUGUAAUAUUUCAAUGUAAUAUAUUGUACAUUGUAAAUACUAAAUAGGUUUUAUGUACCAUUGACUGUUCUCCUAUGAGACUUUUUUUUAUAUAGAUAAUUUGUUGAUAUAUAUAAGUAAUAA